GGAAAUCUUUUUUUUUUUUUGCGACGGAAAUCUGUUGUUAAACAAACCCGUCAACUGAUGAAUUGAUAAUAAUUCAACCAUGGAAAUGGAGAAACCAAAGGAAGAUUGUGCUUCAGCCCAGCCAACACACGCACCUCCCUCUCAGCCCAAGAGACCAAGUCAGGCUCUUUACGUACCCAAACCUCGACUUCACGAUUCUAAAGACAAACCUCAGAGUCAGGGAGAAGUCAAACCAAGACCCAAACCUCGCUACACAGACAAGGCAAGGAAAAACGCCAAAAACAAGAAGGACAAAGCAAAUAAGACGGUGCCUGUCGAAGAAGGAGAUGCGCUGGGCAAAGAUGUCCAGGCUGAUGUUGAGGAGGAAAGAUUACAGGAAGCAGAGGUGGUGGUUAAUGGUCAGUCUGCCUUAAACAAAGAGCAGACGGAAGCUUUGAUACAACUGGAGGCUGCAUCACCUCAAGAUGAAGAGGAGAGCUGGGACACCUUAUUUAAUGAUGAUGGAGAAUGUUUAGAUCCACAUUUGCUGGAAGAACUGGCCGUGAGGGAAGGUAAAAAGAAGAAGUCGAUACAGGAUCCCAGGUUUGAUUAUUACAACAUGAACAGAGACGAGGAGGAUGAGGAUGACAUCGACCUCAGAGAGGAUGAACUUUCUCAUAUUGUAGAAAUCUACGACUUUCCAGCAGAGUUCAAAACAGAAGAUCUUCUCAAGUUAUUUCAGUGUUUCCAACAAAGAGGCUUUGACAUCAAGUGGCUUGAUGACACGCAUGCACUGGGUCUCUUCUCGAGCCCCCUAGCAGCUCGUGAAGCUCUGAGAUCCAAACAUCCACUAAUGAAGUUAAGACCACUCUCCAAAUCCUCCUCUGCCACGAAGGCACAAGCUCGGAGCUGCUCAGACUACCUCCUGCCUGCUAAAGAGAGGCCGCAGACGAGUGCGGCGCUGGCUCGGAAGCUUGUGAUCGGCGCACUUGGUGUAAAGAGCAACGUGACAAAGGAGCAGCGCGAAGCAGAGAGGAAAAAACUCCAAGAUGCAAAAGAUCAAAGAAGACUGGCCGCCAAGCAAAGGGAAGAUGCUUGGGAGGGAAAGUAAACGGACUCAAUUUCUUAAUUUAUUAUUUUAAAAGUACUUAAUGUGGAAGAGAAUCAAGACUUUUGUUCCUUCUGCAGUUAUGUUUUUGUUGCGUAUUGAAUCCCCUCCAUUCAUCCUCCUUUUUGUUAUUGACCGUCCCAUUGCUCGCUGAUCAGGACCCGUCUCACGGUCAAAGCUAACGUCAGGACUUUUAACGACUUUAUGAUCAUGAUCUGUGUUCAAGCACUGAGUUAAAUUGUAAUGAACUUUUUUUUUAUAC